UUUGAAAACUGUGUCCUCGUUGCUGGCUUCACGCUAGCACGCUAAACCUUCCUUAACACGUGCAGCCAUGUCUAAAACAAAACAAAAGCGAGCCAAACGGCUGGGUUUAUGCGGUAAAAAGGCCAAAAAUGGACAAACGUCUCAAGCAGGGAAGAAGGAUCCUAGUUUACCUGAUGUGCGCAGCUUCAAAGAACAUACUCAGAGACGAGCUGACCUCAGAAAACAAAGGUUGGAGGAGCAACAGGAGAGGCAGAAAAUGUCGAGACAGAAGGAGAUGAUGAAGAGGAGAAGUCUGGACACUUUCCAGAAAGACGUUCAGCUACGACAGAGAGCGUUUGAACAGAGGGAACUUCAAAUGCAAAACCUGGAGAAACAUGUCAAUUUUGAAAAUGAGAAUUCAAGAAAAGCAUACUGUAGAGAAUUCAAGAAGGUAAUCGAGGCAGCGGAUGUUAUUUUAGAGGUUCUAGAUGCAAGAGACCCUUUAGGCUGUAGGUGUCCGCAGGUUGAACAGGCAGUUGUCCAGAGUGGAACCACCAAGAAAAUUGUCCUUGUUUUAAAUAAAAUUGAUUUGGUGUCCAAGGACAUUGUAGAAAAAUGGAUCAAGUAUCUCCGCAAUGAGUUUCCCACUGUGGCUUUCAAAUCCUCCACUCAACAUCAGAACAAGAAUUUGCAACGCAGCCGUGUGCCUGUGACCCAGGCUACACAAGAACUCCUUGAAAGCAGUGCAUGUGUCGGGGCGGAUUGUUUAAUGAAACUGCUAGGAAACUACUGCCGUAACAUGGAUAUUAAAACUGCCAUAACUGUAGGAGUUGUUGGUUUUCCAAAUGUGGGAAAGAGCAGUUUAAUUAACAGUUUGAAGCGUGCUCGUGCUUGUAACGUCGGCGCAACACCUGGAGUUACCAAGUGUUUACAGGAGGUCCAUCUAGACAAAUACAUUAAACUCUUAGAUUGCCCUGGUAUUGUCAUGGCAACAUCAACCAGCGAUGCUGCCAUGAUCCUUCGAAACUGUGUGAAGAUUGAACAAUUAGUAGAUCCGAUCCCACCCGUCGAAGCCAUCUUGAGGCGCUGCAGUACAAGACAGAUUACAGAGCACUAUGGCAUUGCAGAUUUCCACACAGUGCAUGAGUUCCUAGCCUUACUGGCCCGUCGGCAGGGAAAGCUCAGGAAGGGAGGACUGCCUGAUACUGACAAAGCUGCCAAAAGUGUUCUUAUGGAUUGGACAGGCGGCCGCAUCAGCUACUUCACACAUCCUCCAGAAACACACACUCUGCCAACACAUGUCAGUGCUGAGAUUGUAACUGAGAUGGGCAAAGCAUUUGACUGGGAUGAACUGGAGAAGGGCAAUCUAGAAGCACUGGCUGAGUGUGGCACAUCUGAUGUACAAAUGGGGUUCUGUAUGUCUACAUCUGGAAUGACUCAAGGAGAUGAACAAGGGGAGGAGCAUUCAGGGGACCCUGACCUCCAGGACACAGCUGAAUCAAUGGAUGCAGAUGAGGAUGCAGAGUUCGGACAAAUGACAGUUGAACUCAAAGUCCCAAAGACAAAAACCAGGGGUGGAGCUGAAGCAGCUGGCCCAAAGCCAGUGGACUUGAACAAAAUCCUGGAUGUUGACCCACUACUACAAGGCCAGGCACUUUUGGCUGCCAACAAAAAGCGAAAAAAGCAGCAAAAAAGAGCUGAUAAACUCGGCACCAAACUUUCAGAUUCUCUUACAUCGGCUUUGAAUUUCUCCUUCUCUGACAGCUGAUGGCAGCAAUAAACCAGUAUCUGUAUUGUA